AUGUCUUCCGCUACUACUUUCUUCGACUUUGAGCCUGUCGACAAAAAGGGCCAGCCUUUCCCUCUUUCCUCGCUCAAGGGCAAGGUCGUCCUCGCCGUCAACACCGCCUCCAAGUGUGGCUUCACUCCUCAAUUCGAGGGCCUCGAGAAACUCUACAAGGAGCUCAAGGCGCAGUACCCGGAGGACUUUGAAAUCCUCGGAUUCCCCUGCAACCAGUUCGGCAGCCAAGACCCCGGUUCCAACGACGAGAUCCAGUCCUUCUGCCAGAUCAACUAUGGCGUUUCCUUCCCCGUGCUCGGCAAGCUGGACGUCAACGGCGACCAGGCCGCGCCCGUCUUUGCCUGGAUGAAGGACGCUAUGCCCGGUGUACUCGGCCUGAAGCGCGUCAAGUGGAACUUUGAAAAGUUCCUUGUCUCGGCCGACGGUAAGGUCAUCGGUCGUUGGUCCUCCAUCACCAAGCCCGAGACUUUGAAGGAGCCGAUCGUCCAGGAGAUUGAAAAGGCCCGCAAGGCCGGCACGGCUGCUUCGGUGGCCAAGGCGCCCGAGGCGACCGAGUCGGCGAAGCUGUCGUGA